GUCUGAAGUAGAAAAAGAUGAGGAGCAAGGCAAGGGCACUGGUGAUUCUAGUAAUUGUACACCUAAAUUUGCUUCAGUUUCCGACUUAAGGCCACUAAUGCGUGAGCUGGCUUUGCCAGUGUUUGACAUGCUUAAACAUGGAAAUUUCAAAAAAUCUACGAAUGAUGACGAAUCUACUAAAAUGUCUGAUGAUGCAGAUGAAAGUCAAUUGCGACCUGCAGAGAUAGUUUACCUUCUUGAAGAUCUUAAGCACAAGCUUGAUUUUAAACUUUCGCCACCGGCGUCGAAUGUUCCUUUUUUUGCAAAGAAAACGAAAAAAACGGAACCUGGAAACAAUUCUGAUGAGUUUGCCUUGAUUGCUCGUUAUGCUUCUUUAGACGUUGUUAAGCAAGUUUCUCUUAAAUUUGUCCCACAUUUAUUGCGACACUUGGACUCAAUAUGUGAAGAAUUAAACUCUACAGAUGAUUAUAUAAUCGAAGAUGAUGUAGAAGAAGCAUUACAGCGUUGCCUACAAUUAAUACUUGAGAUUAUUCAUAGAUUACUUUGUUGGACCGAAUUGAAAAGCGUAGAUAAUAAAGAGACGUUGGUUACUGUGUUAAAACAUUUAUGUCCAAAGGCAUUAUCUUCAGCUCCUAGACUUACAUUAGUACAUUCUGAGCUUCUUCAACAAUCUGCCAAUGAAGCAUUUCAAUACUUACAUGGUUUUGUAUCAAGGCUUCCAACUGCAAAUUUAGCCAUAUUGUUGCACAAGAUUCUUAAAAUAAUAGCUGAAUUCGCUCCGAAUUCGAGUGAACUUUUUGCAAAAUCCGGAGAGGUAGCUCGAAAUUUUACAUCACGUACAUGGGAUGAUAUUAAUAAAUUGGAUUCUGAAUCCAUUAUAUAUUUAUUGCGAAAUGAUAUUAGGCAUUCGUCAAACCCAAUAGAUAGAAUAAAAUUUUAUGCAAGUGAUGUUCUUCCUUCUUUAGAUUCACGGGAUGAUAACAUUACAGAGUCAUAUCCAUUACUUAAUAGAAAUACGUUCCCACAUUUUUACAAAGCAUUGUUUAUAGAGCUUGUUGAAGUACUUCAAAAAUUCAGGUCAGAGAAUUUUAACACUGUAGACGAAACUUUGGCACAUAUUUCCAAUACGUCAUUAGAAAUUGUAAUUUUCCAAGUUAAAGCUUUAAUUCAGCAUAACGGGCUGCCACUAUCAACAUUCUUUUUAGGAGAACUUAAACAUCGUGACAUUGAUGGACGUGAAGUCGAUUCUGAUGAUCAAAGGGAUGAUAGAUCACAAAGAGAUGAUAUAAAUUCC